UGCGAGCAGAGCAAGAGACACCAUGCCAAAGUGGAUGAGCUUUAAACUUUUCAAGGAGAGCAGUCGCCUCUCCGGGGGCUGUGAGUUGACGGUGGUGCUGCAGGACUUCACAGCAGGUUGUUCCAGCGAGCUCAGCCUCCAGACGGGUCAGACGGUGGAGUUGCUGGAGAGGCCCAGUGACCGCCCCGGCUGGUGUCUGGUGCGGACCACCGACCGUAGCCCCCCUCAGGAGGGCCUGGUGCCCAGCUCGGCCCUCUGUAUCUCCCACUCCCGCAGCAGCGUGGAGAUGGAGUGCUUCUUCCCCACAGGGAAAGAGAACUACUCGGUCAGUGGGCCCGAGGGAGCGAAAACCGAGUCGGUGGCCAGCCUGCAGCCCCAGGCAUCCCAGAGCUCCAUCCAUUCAAGCUCUCCGGGACCGAAGCGCUCGGGGAACACCCUGAAGAAGUGGCUGACCAGCCCUGUGCGCCGCCUCAGCCACGGCAGCAGCAUCAAGAAGUUACCCAACAAGCACAAGAAGAGGGACGGCCGCAAGAGCAUCGACCUGGGGCCGCCCGAGAGCGCCCUGCACGGCGAGAGCGUAGACGAGAGGGGCAGAAAGGAGGGCCCCCUGUCCAAGUCCUCCUCUGGAAUGCAGAGCGGAGGAGAGGAGGAGCCCGAGGACGACUCUCACACCCCCCUGCCUCCCCCCAUGGAGAUCAUCAAGGACCCUUCGUCCCAGGAGGAGAAGUCCUCCGCAUUGCAUACUGUGCGUCAGGGCUCCGCCGAUGUCCCCAGUGCUGCGGAUCUUGUCAGUGCAAUAGAAAAGUUGGUCCAAACUAAGAUGAAUCUGGAGCCAGGUGCCUAUCCCAGCUUCACCAAUUUGACUCCUCCAGAACAGACCAGCCCAGCCCUGCCCAGGAACCCUGAACUGGAGCAGAAGGCCAAAGCUCUGCGUGGACGCAUGUUUGUCCUCAAUGAGCUGGUACAGACGGAGAAGGACUAUGUCAAGGAUUUGGGGAUUGUAGUAGAGGAGUUCAUGAAGAAGAUGGAGGAGAAGGGAGUCCCUGAAGAUAUGAAAGGAAAAGACAAAAUGGUUUUUGGGAAUAUUCACCAGAUCUACGACUGGCACAGAGAUUUUUUUGUUGGUGAGCUGGAGAAAUGUCUUGAAGACAACGAGCACCUUCCUGAGCUUUUCAUUAAACAUGAGAGGCGACUACACAUGUAUGUAGUUUACUGUCAGAACAAGCCCAAGUCUGAAUUUAUCGUCGCUGAGUACGACACAUUUUUCGAGGGCCUACAGCAAGAGAUCAGUUCAAGACUGGGCAUAAGUGACUUUCUCAUAAAGCCAAUUCAGAGAAUUACCAAGUAUCAGCUACUUCUAAAGGACUUCUUGAAGUAUAGUUCCAAAGCAGGACUAGAUUGCCAAGAGUUGGAGAAAGCAGUUGGUUUAAUGUCCCAGGUCCCCAAGCUGUGCAAUGACAUGAUGAAUCUUGGCAGACUACAAGGCUAUGAGGGUAAGCUGACCAGCCAGGGUAAGCUGCUGCAGCAGGAAACAUUCUUCGUGACAGAGCAGGAUACGGGCGUUCUGUCGCGCAGCAAGGAGCGCAGGGUCUUCCUGUUUGAGCAGAUCGUCAUCUUCAGCGAGCUCCUCCGCAAGGGCUCGUCCACGCCGGGCUACCAGUUCAAGAAGAGCAUCAAGGUGAGCUACCUGGGCUUGGAGGAGCAUGUGGACAAUGACCCGUGUAAGUUUGUGCUGUCGUGUCGAGGGUCGGCUGAGCGCUUCACCCUGCAGGCAGCCAACCUGGACAUUAAGCAGGUGUGGGUCCAACAUGUCAGCCAGGUCCUUGAUGCCCAGAGCAACUUCCUGUCUGCCCUGCAGUCUCCUAUUGAGUACCAGAAGGAGAAGGGUAGUUCUCACUCCCUCACCAGAAACCCAUCGGGCAGCCGGCCCCCUAGUUGCAACAGUAGGCCCCUCUCCUCCUCCUCUGUGGGGGCAGAGAAGCCACCCCUGGCGGGACCGGGACGGAUCCCCACCCCUCUCGAGCUAUCUACCUCCAACGGUAGCCCCUGCUUCGACCCCACGAAACACAGUGAAAGCUACGACUCCACCAGGCAGCACGACGGCGGAUGUAAUGGCAUGUCCUCCACAAUGAUGGUGACUCAGGACUACAGUGCACUGAAGGAGAAUGAGAUCUGUGUGAUCCAGGGCGAGAUGGUGCAGAUCAUGGCCACCAACCAGCAGAACAUGUACCUAGUUUACCGGUCUGCCAACAGCCAGUCUCCUGCAGCCGAGGGCUGGAUCCCAGGCCACAUCCUGGGACCCCUCACUAAAACGCUCAAAGACAGUGCUGCUGACGCAAGCAUCAAGAAAUCUCUUUCAUGGAAUACCCUGCGCUCGAGAAAGCGGACAGAAAAGGAUAUCAAUGGCAAGGGUGGUGAUGCAAAGGUUGAGAAUGGACUCCGUAAGCCCAAGGAGAUUCUCAGCACCAAGGUCACUGUCGAAGAGUCAAACAGCUCAGAGGAGUCAGAUUGCGAUGAUGAACUCCCCAAAACUAGCAUGGAGAUAAUGAACCCCAAUUUUAUACAAGAAGUGGCUCCAGAAUUCCUGAUACCACUAGCUGAUGUGACGUGUGCAUUUGGGGAGACGGUGGUCUUGUGCUGUAAAGUGUGUGGACGUCCCAAACCCAACAUCACUCUGAAAGGACCCGAUCAGAGCCCGGUAGUCAACAACUGUCGGUUCACUAUCAACAUUAGGGAUACGGGUGACAUUCUGCUGAAGAUCUGUAAUCUAAUGCCCCAGGACACUGGCAUCUACACCUGUGUGGCUGUCAACGACCAUGGCACUGCCUCCUCCUCUGCCUCUAUCAAAGUACAAGGUAUCCCAACAGCACCUGCGAGGCCCGUGGCCCAGGAGGCCAGUAGCAAUGCGGUGAUCGUCCACUGGCUCCCCCCUGCCAGCUCAGCUAGCUGUGCCGUGUCCAGCUACACCGUAGAGUACAGGCAGGAAGACUCCCUAAUGUGGCAGCAGUCAGUGGUCUCUACGGUAGAUGUGUGUGUUAAGAUUGAAGAGCUCAUUCCUGGGGGGCACUACCAGUUCCGGGUCAGUGCCAGUAACCCCUGGGGGGUCAGUCCACCCAGCGAGCCCUCCAACAUGGUGACCCUGCCCAGCGGGACUUCCACAUAUGAUGGAAUGGGCAUUCAGUGGAAAGACAACUUUGAAUCGAGUUUCACAGAAAUUUGUGAGAUUGGACGGGGCCGAUUCUCUGUAGUGAGAAAGUGUCUGAACAAGGCCAGUAAGAAGGAGGUGGCUGUGAAGUACAUCACUAAGAAGAUGCAAAAGAAGGAGCAGGUGGACCACGAGGCAGACAUCUUGAGCCACGUCCAGCAUCCUCAGCUGGUGGCUCUGACUGACACCUACGAGUCCCCCACCUCCCUCAUGUUGGUCUUCGAGCUGCUGGAGGGCGGGAGGCUGUUGGACUACCUGGUGGCCCAUGAUGAGCUGAUGGAGGAGAAGGUGGCCUUCUUUGUGAAGGACACCUUAGAGGCCUUGCAGCACCUCCACACCUGCAGAGUGGCACAUCUAGACCUUAAGCCUGAGAACCUCCUGGUGGAUCUCCACGUGCCUGUUCCUUCUAUCAAGCUCAUAGAUUUUGGAGAUGCGGUCCAGGUGUCUCGUCACCGUUAUGUCCAUCUUCUCCUGGGCAACCCAGAGUUUGCGGCUCCUGAGCUGAUCCAGGGCACAGCGGUGUCCCUGAGCACUGACGUUUGGAGCGCCGGGGUCCUGGCCUACGUCAUGCUGAGCGGUGUCUCGCCCUUCCUGGACGAGAGCCUGGAGGAGACGUGCGUCAAUAUCUGCAAGCUGGACUUCUGCUUCCCAGAGGACUACUUCCAGGGAGUGAGCCAGGCGGCCAGGGACUUCAUCAGCUCUACCUUGCAGCAGGACCCCCGGAAGAGGCCCAUUGCCACCAUCUGUCUUCAGCACCCCUGGGUGAGUGCCCACAGUGGAGACUACUCCAAGAUCCCACUGGACACGGGCCGCCUGGCAUCCUUCAUCGACAGACGGAGACAACUACACGACGUGCGCCCUGUCACCAACAUCAAGGGACUGUUGACCAGCAGCAUGGGACACACCCUAUAAUCACCCUGUGAACAGCCAAUUAACACCCUAUGAACACAACAAAGGUGAAACGAAACACUCUGUUAGUAGUACUACAGGGGUGUAUUCACUAGGCACUAAACAGAACCAAACCGAAGUCAACUGAACCAAAUGGGGAGGGACCUACCUGAAUUUGUCCAAUAGAAACUUGUUUUUGUUACUAAACUAAACUUUUUUGCAACGGUUUGGACUAAUGAUUACACCCCAGGACUCUGCCAUUGAAACAUGGUUUUCCAUCUCUGGAUAGUAGAUACUACUGUAACUUGUCAACAAACAUGUUGUGUGAAUAUCAUUACUAUGUUCAAGAUGCCAGAAGACAAGACAUUGGCAUUUGAUUGUUUGAGAUGUUUCAGAGCUGUAGUAUGAAGCACUCUUAUGGUGUCCAUGUAUUGGAAAUGCCAAAAUUGUAAUAUAUUAUCCUUGGAAAUGAUUAACUAACUCUCAGAAAAAGAUCUAUGAACGGUAAUAUAACUGUGGAAUGUAAUUUAUUGUAGAAUGUGGUCAGCCUUUGUAGGAGUGCUAUUGUAUGUGAAGAAAUAUUCAGCGUUGAUCCCUUAGAGUGUGAAGAUAUAGUAUAACGGCUAUUUUUCCAAUGGUGCGGUUUGAGAUAUGAAUGAAAGAAUCUAACACGAUUAACUUCUCACAUCACUUUGUACAUCAUUCUUGUUUGUCAGUACACGUCUGUCACCUCCAAGCUCACUUUGAAUGCAUUUUGUUGGUUCACCAUUCAUAAGUCUCAGGUUUAGUUGUGAUUGAAUGUUCAAAGCUGGAGGGACAGGCUGCAAAUUUCAAUCCAAAUAGGGCAGUGACCAAACAAUGAGUGGCAUAUUUCUGUUCUUAGACCCAAAUCGUUUACAACAAAUCUGAAGUCUUCACAUUAGCCCUCAUCGCUCAUGUAGUUGAGGUGAGUCGGACUGCCUGCGACUUCAAAAUCAGUGUCACCCUCGGCCCAAGAGGAAUUUUGGUCUAAUGGUUAAAUGGCCAGUGCAGUCACAAACGUGACUUUCCUGUGUUCUAUAUUUCCACAAUAUGAGGUUGGAAUAAUACUGUGGAAUUAUGAUAAUGCCCUUUUAGUGUAAGAGCUGUUUGAAAUGACCUACUGAAAUGUCAGCCUGUUUUGUUGGGAUGGAGUUUUGGCCCGCCUGGUGAGCAUCUCUUUAUUAGACCAAUAAGAGAGUUCCAAACCUCUCAGCCAAUAACAGCUAGUUUAUAGUUUCCCCCUCCCCACUCAGACCACUCCCAGACAGCCCUAGCAAAGUUCUUAUUUGAGAAAUUGUUCUUUGCUAGGAAGCUAUUUUUUGUUUAUUUUUGAUCAUUUUAAUUGAAAACAAUCACAAUAAGGCACUUAAUUUUUACCCAGAAAUGAUUUGAUAUUGAGACAAAAAACAGCUGCAUUGGACCUUUUGAGAUGUUGGUUUCCUGAGCUCAGAGACUGGGGUUCAGAUCCCACCUGUGACACUUAGUACUGGUCACCCAUUUACUCAAUAUGAUUGUUUACUUGUGCAAUUAGCACUCAGAGUCUAGAACACUGAUUGAACACUUAAUGUAGUAUCGCCCCAAUAGUGUAGGAUUUGAAAACCCAGGCCUGAAUUACUUAAUUUCUGGAUGUAUUGUUUAUUUAAAUAUGAGAACUGGUAUAACUUGAUUGAUUUUAAAUCGUUAUUUAUUUAUUCAAAUUAUGGAAGGAUGUUUGUUUCUAACAUUUUGUAACAGCGGACGCAGAGCCCCAUCAUUCCCACGUCCUGUGUACUUCAACGUUCUCUAAGGAUGCUUCCCAAAUGGCACCCUAUUCCCUACAUAGUGCACUAGUUUUGACCAGGGCCUAUAGCACUGGUCAAACAGUGCACUAUAUAGGAAUAGGGUGCCAUUUGUGAAGCACAUUAAGCAUUCCUAUAAGUAGGACGUACAGUACAGUAUGUAGACUCUCUCACAAAAAUCAAUCUUCGUCAUCAAAUGUUUAAGUGUUAUGCUGGUUACAUUUUUCUCAUACCUACAGGCAAGGCAAUUGAAUGGCAACUCAUAAACAACCAUAAAACUAGAACCAUGUGUACCUGCCUAACCAAAUACAAAGCUGGCAGUAUGCGCCAUGGUACAGUGCUUCAAACCUACUACUGAGCAAAUUGGUGAAUCAGUUCUGCUUCGCGUUAGCAAGAUGUGAUACUAUUGCUACCUAAAACUAAGUGGUAAAAUGCUUAAGAUUACAGUGCCUUCUGAAAGUAUUCAUACCCCUUGACUUUUCCCACAUUUUGUUGUGUUACAGCCUGAAUUUAAAAUGGAUUAAAUUGAGAUUUUGUGUCA